CAAAUUCAAAGUUGUCUUGAAUUGACCGCUUCUGCAAAACCUUGCGAUUUGUCGAGGUGACGCACGAAUCGUUGUACAACAGAUUGACCUUCAAAAGCUCAGUAACCUUCGUCAGUAGACGGUGCUACAUCGUUGGCUUUGACUUAUAGAUUGAACGUGUGUCUUGUAUCGAUGUAGUCCCUUUUCUCGGAAAACUUAUUCAUCUACGUACAUUGAUGUCUAUUAUUUGGCAUAUUUACUUGAUACUGUUCGUCUCCAAUCUUGAUUGUGAAUCUUCCUUUAAUGUGGCACUGAAUGCAAGCGAUCCCGUUGGUUCAACAUUUAAUCAGAGUUUUACUUAUGGUGUGACCAAUACUGCUCCUGAUGCUUCUACUAAUUUUUCUAUUACUGCCACUGCCACCACAAAUUUUACCACUACUACUGAUGGGUUUAAUCAGUCGAGUAAGUUAAGGAUUGUCCACAAUUUCCAAUCCAGACAUAUGUUAUUUUAUGUUGUGCACUGUAUAAUUGCAAUGUGGAGCGAAUAUUUGACAGGACAUUCAAUGAAUUCUGUCAUCAUUCAAAAUUGUUACCUCCGGAAAAUGUCACAAUCACCAAUGUCACAUCUGAUUCCUUCGAUGUUAAUUGGAAUUUACCACGUCUUUAUAAUCGGCUGAAUAAAGUUGUCUACGAAAUAUUGGUAAAUAGUCCACAAAGAUUACCAAUAAUCAUUAAAAAUGUCUCAAAUUGUUUUCAAUUAACAAAAAGGAUUAUAAAUUUAACAUCAUGUUGGUUUUAUAUUAUACAAAUCAAAACACAUGAUAUGUUAUGGAUGAAAUCAAGUGAUUGGUCAAAUCCAGUAUUUACAGCUACAUUAUUACCACAACAUGUCGUUCAAAGUCAUUUUGAAGUAGAAAAUAUGUCUCCAACUAUUAAAAAAGUGAAGUGGAGUAAAUUUACUGUGCCUAAUGAAUGUAUGGCACUUAUUCAAUUAUUACAAAUGAAUGAAAAAACCUUCAUUGAGUUAAUUACCAGUGUGGCAAUAAACGAAACAGAAUAUACAUUCUAUAAUUUGGCACCAUCAACUCAAUAUACGUAUUAUGUGAAAGUGAUUUCACCAUUUGGUAAUUAUUUACGAUAGCAUAUUUCAAUAACUACAAAAACUUUACCUUUGAGUAAGUGUAUUACAUUUGAUAUAUUCAUUUGUAACGCUAAAUAGAAAGGAAAAAAUAUUCUGUAAAUAAUAUUUCACUAUGAGACUGUAAAUUUUUGAUUGGGUACUUAAUGCUUUUUGUUUUAGUUUAUUUCCUACCUUCCACUUUGUCAGGCAGUUGAAAACAUGACUUAAAUUCCAUAUUUCUCUAAAGCCAUUAACUAACCAUAUUUAUUCAUAUUCUUUAAAGUGAUUUUAAAUGAUCCUGUUGAACAUUAACCAGGAAACUUACCGCUAACGCAGUUCUAUUUAUGACUGUAGAAAACCAAUGUACAGAUACUAAUUAGUCUUAUUUGAUUGAAAUGAAUACUCAAAAGUUGAAUGAUUCAUGGAAUACCGUGUUACGACUGAUUUGAAUUUCUAUACAAGAUAUAGAAUAUGAAGUUUCUGAAUUACUAGUCGUCAUUAAUUUCCUGUCGGCACUGGGUUUUAUGAAUGAGCUCAUUUUCAAAAAGUAUUUACACACUGACUAAGUUCUAGAUAUCAAUAACUAUUUACUGCAGGGUUAUCUCUGAAUUCAAAGUUCUUGUUCAGGGGCGUCCUCCACAGUUUUCUUGUUACUCGUGUUUCAAUUAAUAAACAUAGAUAGGUAGUCACUGUUGUCACCGAAUUUCAAGCUACUAAUUAUUAGUUUUGUCUAGAAUGACUUGUCUAGUUUUCCAAGAACGAAGGAGAAAAUGGACAAGAUACUUUUUCUGUUAAGCUAUACUUAAAUUCUGUAUUAUGUCAGAUAUUUUAUUGGCGAACUGUAUUUGUGUAAUGAUGGCUUACAGGUGAACUCGAGGAAGCUCUAAGAAGCUCGGAAAGAGUCAAAGACUUUCUGUCUAAUAAUCUUUUGAAGGAACAUUCCAGAAUCACGACGCUCAGCUACUUUAUUGGACAAAUGCUUAAAACCACUGCACGCGAAUUAGAUGACUAUAAUGAUGAUUUCGUUUUUACUAAGAACUCUAAAUACCUGAGAGUUUUGUACCAUAUUUAGUACUGUUUUGAAUAACAUUUCUUCUCACUCGUCUUCUGUCUUUUCACUUGCGACUCGGAGGGUUCUAGCGUUCUAGUGCUCAAUUUGUACGCGGUAUAUCACGAAUCUAAGCUCUAGAUAUAACAGUUUGAAAAACUAACUUUAAGCAAAGUUGUGAUGCCUUAGUUCCUAAAUUAAACAUUUUUUCUAUGAAAAAAUAAAAAAUAAUUUAUACAAAGGAAAUCUGCACAAGAUGUACACGUGCCAUCUAAGACUGAUCAAAAUUCAGUCAAGAACAUUAACAAUGCAAUAAUAAUACAAACCUUUACAAAUUAUAUUCAUUAAAUAGGUUGUGAUGAAACAUUAGACCUAAUAAAUCAGUUCUCAAUAACAGCAAAAACUAUUCACCAAUCAUCUUGAAAGUAGGUCUAAUUCAAUCCUUUACUUUACCGUUUAGAUUUACAACAGAUAAAACAACUCUAUUCACUUCUGUUUUAUUCUUUUUCCUGAAAUAAGCUAUAAAAUUCCAGUGGAUCAUCCAAAAGGAUCCAAAUUUUAUGUCUACGUACUGGUUUAAUUUUUCAACAAUGUUAGGAUUAGUAUAGUUAAUUUUUCCCGAUGUUGCUUUUCAGCAGUGUAUUUGACCAUUCAUAACACAUUAUUUGAGCAGAUUCAUCAAUAUUGCUUGAGGUUACAAGUUUUCAACAAUCUGUUUACAAAAAGUAUGUACAGAUUUUCUGUUGAUGUGGCAGUCUUAGUAUUUGCUAGGUUUGAAGCUAUUACGAGUUCACUUAGUAUACGAACGGAACAAAGACUUGUGACCGUAGACCGAUAAGCUAGCUGUUUGAUGCGUCCCAGCUCCACCAACUAGAGGAAGAAAUCCAAGCUUGGAGCGGGAAAGUAUAUUCCGUAAGCCAGAAGCACGAGUGAAAACUGUCCUUGGGAUUCGUAGCAAAAAUAGCAUACUAAAAAUACACAACGGACCAAUAGCGUUAAAGAUUCUCACAAGUGGGAAACACGUUAUGAAUGUGAAAAGUGCGCUUUUGGCGCGAAAACAUGGAAACUUAAAUUUCUAAAAUUAUAAAAUUAAGGCAUAUACCAAGUGAGUUCUGGGGAUCUAACAUCUUCAACAGUAUAGAAUCACGCAUUGAUCUCUCUGAUAAAAUGUUUGCGUUAUUUAAUCUUCAUUACAUUUUCUUUCAUUAACUUCCCUAUUCUACAUUCUUUUCUGUUUUGCAUAAUAACGUCUUGAAUUGUGUAAUGAAGUACAUUUUUUAUUUUUUCACAUUAAUUUCAACUAUUGAUAGAAGGUCUACAAUUUGGAUGAAAUAUAAAUAUACAGCAUAUGAAACUGAAUUUAUUCACAAGGAAUUUCAUUAAAUCUGCCCUUAGUUUUUUGAUAAUAAGUUAAUAAGGUAUUUUGGAUUACUUUCGGAUUCAUUUAAUUUUUAGCCUUUCAAAUUAUUUCACUAUUUUACUAAACUGUACACUUAAAAUUUAAUUAAACGUACCAUUUUUCCAAAUCAUUUUAAUAUUAACCUGAUUGUAUUUAUCCGAAACAAUAAGUAGCAAAUUGGGUUAUUUCAGUGUUAGCUCUGUCCGAAAGUGAAGUAUCUGUCUAUCAUAUGAUAUGAUUUGUAUCUUAUUAAUGUAGGGUGAUUCAAACGAAAAUUAAUUUAAAUGUUCAUCAAUACAAUUAUUAAUUUUGGUAAUGAUAUUAUAUAAUUUUUAUGAUGUUGCUGAAGUUAAAUACGACUAUAAUCAAAGCUAAUUAUCAAUAUGGGGCGGUAGAGAUUGUUAGUUUUUAAUUGAGAUCAUGAAUCGAUCCAAGUUUUCAAUGGUGGUCUAACAUUGAUCGGUUCAUGAUCUCAAUUAAAACUCAACAAUCUCCACAACCCCAUACUAAUAAUUAUCAUGUGCUCACUAGCGAUUAGCUUGAAAAUAGAUUUCUUAGAGUUCUAGUGCAAAGCCAUGACCACUGGAGUCCAACCCAUGUCGGGUGGAGACGGUUAUCCACCUCAGACAAUGGAUAAAAGUUUGCACAAGAUUAUGGAUCGAUUGAACUUAUACAUUAAGACCACUGGAUGGCAGCUCAGUGAUUUAUAGGUUAGGCGUUCGCGCCUGGGACUGUAGGUUCUGGGUUAGAAUUCUGCGUGCGGGAUCGUGGAUGCGCACUGCUGAGGAGUCCCAUACUAAGACGAAACAGCCGUUCAAUGGUGGUCUAACAUUGAUCGGUUUGUCAUCUCAACUAAAGGAUUAAUAAAGGUUAGGGAGCAACAUAAUGUUGUAUUUCUUACCCUGGUCUGAAAUUCUUCAAAAGUUGAGAACUAUCAAUCUUUUAAAUUUAUUAGAUCUCUUAACGGGAAUCUAAUGGUUUAUAUGCUUCGACUUUAACUUGUAAAAUAGCUUGGUCGCUGUUCGGCGUCAUCGAUGCAUCACUCCCUCAUAAAGAAAUCACAGAGUCCACCAGUCACCAUUUCAUAUUACGUCUUUGUCGACAUUCGUACCCGACUUAGUUAAUUGAUCGUAUAUAUUUCUCAAGCUAACUGAAAGUUUAAUACAGAUGUAUAUGCAUGUAAAAUUUCCCCACUAGCCACACCAACUUAAAAUUUAAGAUAACUCAAGAUCUGUUUUUUUUGCUGGAUAAAUUCACAUUGUUUAAGGGUAGAUUGCAACUAAAUCGCUUAUGUUGGUUCUAAUUUAAAAUAUGGAUAAUCUCUCUCGCUUGUGCUUGAGAACCAGACCAUUUUUUAGCAUACGCGUGUUAAUAUGAAUAAGCUUGGAUUUUGGUCUAAUGGUUGGUAAAUCCAUUUUAUGCCACUUACACACAUUAUAUUAAGAAUUAUUUAUUGAAUGGUUUACAUUUCUCCGUUACUAAUAUCACUAUUUGAACUCAUCAGUAUUUCUAUGCUGAUGAGUGUUAAAUUAAUCAAGAUACAUCUUAUGAAUUCCAUUUCUAGCUACUUUGAAACAUAACACCAAUAGUUUUACAGUUAGUAAAACUAUAAAUUUGAAACAUUCGUCUGAACUGUAUUGAGUUGUAGAUUACCCUAGUUCUAUUGUUAAGAAAUAAUAAAAGUUAUUACUUUUGAAGUAAACUGGACUCUCGUGGUAAUAUAUAAAAGUUACAAGUUAAAAAAGCACAACAGUGUCCACUUGAACGAAGUGAUACUAAUUUGGUCUGAUUUUGAAAGUAAACAGUAAUGUAUUUAUAGUGAAUGUGAAAUAUCCUAUUGAGUAGAAAAUUGUACUUGCGAUUCUUUGCAACUUAUAAAUUAACACUGAAAAAAUCAAAUCGGUUAUUUAGUACACACCAACGGCUGUAUCAUAUUAAUCUUAUAUCAUUUAGCUUAAUGAUGAUUGUGUGAGAUAUAACGUUGUACGUAUUCCUAUGUGUGUGAAUGGUUGUGAAAAGUAUGAUACUUAUGUGAAUGAGUUAUUUAAUUUCUGUGUGCACUUGUGGGUUCGGUUGUAGUCGGCAUAUACUUUAAAUAAAUAUCAGUUAACGUGAUUUGUUUCGUUUAUAGGAAAUCAAACAAAUGCGGACUCUAUAUUUCUAUCCUGUGAUUAUUUAUAAUUGGUUUUCUUCGUCUGUCUUACAUAUUCUUUAAUUUUUAAUCAAAUUUUGUUUUUUAGUUCAUCUUUUAAACACAAGUAUUCAUACACCAAAACUUAUUCAGAUCUCUAAUAUUACAUCCACUUCGUUCGUGAUCAUUUGGUCAGUUGUGAAAACUAAUGGAAGUCAAUUCAAAACUUCUACUUAUGAAAUCUUGCUUAAUAGUCAAAGACAAUCAUUGUUAUUAAUAAAAAAUAUUUCGAGUGAAUUAUUUAGACAAAAAAUUGAGAAUUUAACUGCUUGCACAAUUUAUACAAUUCAAAUGAGAUUAGUAGUAAAAUUAUCUGAAACAGUAUAUAGUGAAUGGUCAAAGCCACUAACUGCGUUUACUUCAAUCUCGAGUAGGUUCAUAUUGUGAUUAUUAUCAAUAUUUGCUAAGCAUUAGCUGCGUUAACAAAACAAAUAAAAUUGCCUUAGUUCCCUGUUGCUGACUUUUAAAUACACUUCAUUCGGUGUAGUACUGUUUAUAGUCAAUUUAAACGCUAAUAAUCUCGUUGAACAUACUAGUUGAUUCAAUAUACCGUUAUAAGGUGAAAUUUGUUGGAGAAUGAUUUUCAUAGCACAGUAGAAACAAUGCGAACAUGCUUCGAAUGCGGUUCCUUCCCUCCAAAUGCUAGAUGUUGCUUCAGAAUUGGAUUGCAUUAACGUCUAAAUUCAUGAUAUCGAGUAAAGUAGUUGAACGCAUCGACCACCUCAGUUAUUCAACAGACUUAGUUUCGAUUUGCAUUACCACUCAAUUUCUCAUGUAUGACUGUAAAUGGUUGAAACGAAGAUGAAAGGUAUAUUUCAAGUUAGAACAACGUUUUUUCAACGGAAAGAAGGAGGUUCAUUCAAUGCAAACAUUAAAACGGACCUUAGGAACAUUCAUAAUUAUAUUUGAUGUAACAAUACAUGUGGUAAUUUGUAACCAGUUGGAUGAAAACACAAUAUUAAUUCACAAUGAUUCAGUGGCUAUUCUAAUGUAGUGAAAUGACUGAGGGUAGAAAUGAAUUUGUAGUGAAAACACGAUAUAGACAUUAUGUACGAUUACUUUUCCCAGAAUAUUUUACUUCACUAAGCCUCAUAAAUAUCAGACGACUACACAUAACCUGUGACUGGUAAUAAUUACUAUUUAGCUAAUAGUUCAAAUUCUUAUGUACAUUUUUAACCGAAGUAAAAUCACAACGGGAAGAUAACUGAAUAACUCGUACUGGUUGCCUCAAUGUUAGAAUAAGUUUUUCAAUAAGAUUAAUCCAACCAAGUAGCAGUACGGAUCGAAAUCUGUAGCAGAACCACUUCAACCUCAUCGGCCAGCAACCUGAAAUAUUAACUUCUAACUUCGUAUUCAUUCUGUAUCACGUAGGUGCUUAAUCAUCUUAGGUACCAUAAAGAAAAAUUAGAUUCACACCUAUAUCUUAAUACACUUGCAUUUGUGUACAAAUUUAUUUUUCAUGGAAUAAUAAUUGAAUUUCAAAUAAACGGUAAUUUAAAUGAACCCGCCACUGAUUCGUCAAUAACGCAUUGUAUAUAACCAGUUGUAUGAUUAGAAAUGUCAUAAUCAAUAAAAAUAACUGAUUUACCGAACCACACACUCGACUCUUCUCUAAUGAAACAAACAAUCUCUAAUUGUAUUUGUAAACUAGUCAAAUCAAAUAGAUUAGAAUAAUUUAUUCUAAUUGCAUAAUACAGACAAAAGAAGAUGAACAGCAUUAGUGUGCACUUCUUCAAGGUUCAAAAUGUACAUCAUAUUGAAUAUACGUGUAAGUUGGUGCAUAAAUUAUUUCUAGAUUAAAAACAUUAAUCUUUCAUCUCCAUGGUUGCAUAAUUUUAGUAGGCAACUGUUUUUGAAUGAUGCAAAUGUAAAUGGUUAAUCAAAUCAAAGUUUCAAUUGUUCAACAUACAUUUGAAGCAUUGAUUAACGUAUUAAACGGAAGUAUUUGCAUCAGACUUGAAGUGUUUUAAAGGUAGGCGAUUUCUCAACUCGUUUCUUACAAUUCUAUAUAGUAAUUGUAUCAAUGUCCACAAUCAUUAGUCACCAGUUUUAAGAUUUACUUUAAAGAAUGCCAUCGCACCAUUUUGUUUACCACUAAUUGUAUAUUCAAAGUUGAAUCCAUGAGUUGAUUAAAGCUAGACCACUAUGGAAACACUGGACGGCCGUUUCGUUCUAGUAUGGGACUCCUCAGCAAUGCUCAUCCACGAUCCCGCACGCAGGACUCGGACCAAGGACAUUCGGUCUUGCGGGCGACCAAUCGAUUCAUGAAUUCAACUAUUAAAAAUUAUUUGAGCGAACAAUUGUUUUCAAUAACUUCAUCAUCAGGCUCUACAGUUAUAAGUCCAUAAUUAUAAUAUUUUACAAAGGCCAAAAAUAAGGCAUGUUUUAAUGAGUUUGACAAUGUUAUGUGUUAAAAAAUGGUGAGCGUUUGCAUCUGUUACGAUAUAUAUAUAUACUUCAAAAAAUUGUAAUAUUUGCAAAUUAGAAAGGUCAUUCAAUAAAGGUCAGUAAAUUGUUCAGUCACAAUAAGAUAAUAUAAUAGUACUAUUGCAAAAUUGAAAAUAAUUUUGUCAACUGAGAUAAUAAUAAUAAUAUUGUUGUGUGAAUAUAAUAUGUAAUAAGGGGGGUGUUAUCAAGGUAAUUACGGUCAACAAAUUGGGAAUGAUGGAUAUGAAGAUUAAGAUAUAGAUAAUGACAAAUAAUGAUAAUAAGGAAAAUAAAUAAAAUGAAGGAAGGAAGGGGUAAGAGGUUUAGAAUAUUCAGUCUAGGUAUUUGGUGAUCCAGUCGUAGGCCAGGGUAAACAUAGGGGCUGGAUAUAUUUUUUCUGGAUGCAUAAAUUAGGUCUUCUGGAGUUGAUCCAGAUGGCUUCGGCUGUGUAAAGUAGUCGUAAUCUAGCUCCUUGAGGUAGAUGUUUUGGAACUUGAUAUAA